CGCUCUUGUCAUAUGUUGUGUUUCAGUGAUUAUUAUGAGGAAGCCAUUAGAGACUCUGGACCCUGCGAGGAAUCGGGGAGUACAUUAUUCCUGUCAGGUUUAAGUAGAGUUGGCCUGUAACCAUGCCCGGCGCGUCAUAGAUUUCAGACCACCAGGCCCCGAGCUGCCCAUCAAACAUGGAUCCCACAUUCCCCAGCAUCAAAUUGGGGUCAGAUUGCACCCCUCUGGAGCGGAAGAGCAAGCGUCACCGAUUGCAGCAUGUCAGGAGGAAACUACGUCCUUCACGGAUUUUUGGUUUUAUCCUGAGCAUCUCUGCCCUCACAUUGUUCCUGUCUUGGAGUGCCUUUACCUUCACUUUGGGCCCAUUCCCAAGAUGGACGCCACUCACUUCUCUCACCAAUCAUGAGGGACUUGCAGAACCAGUGCCACACAGAACUGUCCUAUCUUCUCACGAAGAGCGCAAUGUUUCGGCAGAUAUGCCCAUCGCUAUGGCCUCGUCCGGUGAGCACAGCAAGGGAGAUUAUCCCGAGGAUCUGUUCACACUGGAGGAGAGGAGGCAAGGUGCAGUUGUGCUGCAUAUGUUGGGCAUGAUGUACAUGUUCAUUGCCCUCGCUAUCGUCUGCGACGAGUUUUUUGUCCCCGCCCUCACCGUGAUCACAGAAAAACUGGAGAUCUCGGAUGACGUAGCGGGCGCCACCUUCAUGGCCGCUGGAGGCUCUGCUCCUGAGCUCUUCACCUCUGUGAUCGGUGUGUUCAUCUCACACAGCAAUGUGGGCAUCGGGACCAUCGUGGGUUCUGCUGUCUUCAACAUCUUGUUCGUGAUCGGGAUGUGUGCUGUCUUUUCACGUGAGAUUCUCAACCUCACCUGGUGGCCUCUGUUUAGAGAUGUCACCUUUUAUAUCAUUGGACUAAUUAUGCUUAUCGUUUUCUUCCUGGAUAACUACAUUACUUAUGUUGAGAGCAUUGGACUGUUACUCUGUUAUGCUAGCUAUGUCACUUUUAUGAAGUACAAUGUGACUGUAGAGACUUUAAUCAAGACUAAAUUACUCAGGAAUCAAGUGGACGACAUUGAAGCUCCUCCUAAGGUUGUCAGUGCAGCAGAUGAUGAAAAUAAACUUUCGGCUAAACCCCGCCUCCAGAGAGGAGGAAGCUCCGCCUCCCUCCACAACACCCUCAUGAGAAACAGCAUCUUCCAGCUAAUGAUUCACACACUCGAUCCUCUCAGUGAAGGGAGGUUCAAGGAGAAGGCAUCAAUUCUGCACAAGAUCGCAAGAAAUAAGGAACAAGAUGAGGCAAAUGGUGUUGUCGUCAAGAAUCUUCCCAACAGUACUAAUGUGGAGGUAGAAGUCACUCCGCCCAUGAAUGGCAGUGCUGGAGCUGAGGCUGAGGAGGACGACGAUGAAGACCAGCCUCUGAGCUUGGCGUGGCCAGACACACCAAGGAAGCGAGCAACAUACCUUGUCAUCUUUCCCAUCGUCUUUCCAUUGUGGCUGUCACUGCCGGAUGUCCGCAGAGAUACAUCAAAAAAGUUCUUUCCGCUCACAUUUUUGGGAUCUAUUAGUUGGAUUGCGGUUUUCUCUUACCUGAUGGUGUGGUGGGCUCAUCAGGUACCUCAUCUUCACCAAUAGCACACACACCAGUUUCACACAGCUUUUCUGUUAUAUUGCAGUUUUUCACCAAUGUUUUUAUCUUACUGUUCUGCUCUGAAAUUAGGUAUACUGUAGUUGAUGCUGUAUGUCCAAAAACAAAAAAAAAAAACAAACAAAAAAGAG